AUGGCGGUGACGGAUCUUAAGAACGAGGGCUUCUCUGAGGAGAAGACUGUGGAGAAGAAACUCAGCGGCGACGAUGUCGGCGCGGCCGAAAUGGGUGGACUCUCCAACCCUGAACAUGUUGACCUGCAUCGCGCUCUCAAGGCGCGCCAUAUUACUAUGAUUGCCAUCGGUGGAGCAAUUGGUACGGGUCUGAUUAUUGGAACGGGUGAGGCUUUGGCCAAGGCUGGCCCUGGUGCGAUCUUCAUCUCAUACACGUGGACCGGUUUCAUCGUGUACCUGGUUAUGUGCGCUCUCGGCGAAAUGGCAGCCUGGCUGCCUCUGCCGUCUGGUUUCACUGGUUACGCCGUUCGAUUCGCUGACCCUGCUCUUGGAUUUGCUCUUGGCUGGACGUAUUGGUUCAAAUAUAUCAUUCUAUCGCCCAAUCAGUUAACAGCAGGAGCGCUCGUCAUAUCAUAUUGGAUUCCCACAGAAAGGAUCAACGCCGGUGUAUGGAUCACGAUCUUCCUCGUAGCGAUCGUCUGCAUCAACUACUUCGGUGUGCGAUUUUUCGGCGAAUUCGAAUUCUGGCUCUCGUCCUUCAAAGUGAUUGUCAUCCUUGGUAUCAUCCUCCUGUCCUUCAUCCUCAUGCUCGGUGGCGGACCCGAUCACGACCGCAAGGGUUUCCGAUACUGGCGCGAGCCUGGGGCUUUCAACACGUACAUUGAUGAGGGUGCAGCGGGUCGAUUCUACGCCUUCUGGUCCACCAUGGUGUCCGCUACUUUCGCAUACCUCGGUACAGAACUGGUCGGUGUGACCGUCGGCGAAGCCCAGAACCCGCGCCAGACGAUCCCCCGUGCAAUCAAGCUGACCUUCUACCGAAUUGUGGUCUUCUACGUGGUCAGCGUGCUGCUCGUCGGCACGCUGGUUCCCUACGACUCGCCCAAGCUGGCCUUCGCCGUCAACUCGAGCAGCUCGGCGGCGGCCUCGCCCUUCGUCGUGGCCGUCGAGCUGGCCGGCAUCCCGGUCCUGUCGCACAUCCUCAACGCAUGUAUCCUACUGUUUGUGUUCUCAGCCGCCAACUCGGACCUAUACAUCGCCACACGCACAAUCUACGGCCUGGCGCGCGAGGGCAAAGCGCCCAAGAUCUUCGCUCGCACCGACCGCCGCGGCGUGCCAGUCUACGCGCUGGGCAUCUGCUCGGUGAUCGCGCUGUUGGCUUACAUGAACGUGUCCAGCGACUCGAAAACAGUGUUCAAGUACUUCGUCAACCUGGUCAGCAUCUUCGGGCUGCUGACCUGGAUCUCGAUCCUGAUCACGCACAUCUGCUUCGUGCGCGCGCGCAAGGCUCAGAACGUCCCCGUCGAGAGCCUGGCCUACAAGGCACCGCUGGGCGUUGCAGGAUCGUGGGGUGCACUGAUUUUCUGCAUUAUCGUCGCGCUCACCAAGAACUACGACGUCUUCACGCACAACCCCAAAUGGGGCAACUUCGACUACAAGAACUUCAUCACCGCUUACCUCGGUAUCCCGUUGUACUUUAUCCUUAUUUUUGGGUACAAGCUUGCUACGCGCUGCAAGAUGGUUGAGCCCGCUACUGCGGAUCUGUGGACAGGCAAGGAUGCUAUUGACCGUGAGGAGGCCUUGUUUGUGGCGCAGAGAGAUGCCGAGAUGGAGAAGCAUUCCCAGUCGCACUGGUUCUACCGCAAGUUUGUGGCCUGGCUCUUCUAG